UAAAAAUGAUGUUUUCGACGAUCUUUUGCUACUCCGGCAUGACAAUGCCGACGUUUUCGUCGACGAUUUCCGUCUCCGGAAACUCGCAUAUCCGAUUGAUAGACACACAAUGUAGCACGAUGAGAGAGCUCAAGCAAAUCCACGCCAAUCUCAUUAAAACCGGUUUAAUUUCCGAUACUAUCGCCGCGAGCCGCGUCCUCGCCUUCUGCUGCACGUCUCCGUCUGACAUGAGUUACGCUUAUUUGCUCUUCACAAGGAUCAAUCACAAAAACCCAUUUGUGUGGAACACCAUAAUCCGUGGUUUCUCUCGGAGCUCGUUUCCGGAAAUGUCGAUUACGAUUUUUAUCGAUAUGUUUAGCUCUGCGUCUGCGAAGCCGCAGAGAUUGACUUACCCUUCGGUGUUCAAGGCUUAUGCUAGUCUUGGGAAAGCUCGGGAUGGGAUGCAAUUGCACGGGAUGGUUAUCAAAGAAGGACUUGAAGACGACUCGUUUAUACGGAAUACGAUGCUGCAUAUGUACGCGACUUGUGGGUGUUUUGUUGAAGCCUGGAGAAUUUUCAUGGCGAUGAAGCAUUUCGAUGUUGUUGCUUGGAAUUCGAUGAUGAUGGGUCUUGCUAGAUACGGGUUGAUCGAACAGGCCCAGAAACUGUUUGAUGAAAUGCCGCAGAGGAAUGAAAUUUCUUGGAAUUCGAUGAUCAGUGGGUUUGUGAAGAAUGGUAGAUUUAAGGAUGCUUUAGAGAUGUUUCGAAAGAUGCAGGAGAGAAAUGUGAAACCUGAUGGAUUUACAAUGGUGAGUCUGUUGAAUGCUUGUGCUUACCUCGGAGCAAGCGAGCAAGGGAGAUGGAUACAUGAAUAUAUAGUAAAGAAUAGAUUUGAGUUGAAUAGUAUAGUUAUUACAGCACUCAUAGAUAUGUACUGCAAGUGCGGGUGCAUUGAGGAAGGCUUAAGGGUGUUUGAGAGUGCUCCUAAUAAGCAAUUAUCAUGUUGGAACUCGAUGGUUCUUGGUCUAGCUAAUAAUGGAUACGAGGAAAGAGCCAUGGAUUUGUUCUCGGAAUUGGAGAGCUCCGAUUUAGAGCCAGAUUCUGUCAGCUUCAUCGGUGUUUUAACAGCUUGUGCUUACUCCGGGAAAGUAGAUGAAGCUGGCGAAUUUUUCAGAUUGAUGAGAGAAAAAUAUUUGAUUGAGCCAUCAAUAAAACACUACACUUGCAUGGUUAAUGUGCUGGGUGGAGCGGGGCUACUCGAAGAAGCAGAAGCAAUGAUAAAGAACAUGCCGAUGGAACAAGACGCUAUUAUAUGGAGUUCUUUGCUUUCUGCUUGCAGGAAAAACGGUAAUGUUGAGAUGGCUGAACGCGCAGCAAAAUGUUUGAAGAAGCUGGAUCCAGAUGACACUUGUGGUUAUGUGCUCAUGUCUAAUGCUUAUGCUUCUUAUGGUUUGUUCGAAGAGGCAGUUGAGCAGAGGGUUUUGAUGAAGGAAAGACAAAUGGAGAAAGAAAUAGGGUGCAGUUCGAUUGAAGUGGAUUUUGAAGUUCAUGAGUUUGUAUCUUGCGGGAAAAGACAUCCUAAAUCCUCAGAGAUUUACAGUUUACUAGGUGUUUUGAAUUGGGAUGUCUCUGCACUGAAACCAGAAGCUGGCUACUCCUCAGUUUGCUGAACAACUUUGUCAUUUAAAGACACUAAACGAAACUGUUUGACGCUACAACUAGAAUGGGUUUCACUAUUUAGCAGAGAAAUAAACAGUUUUAUAGUUCGGAGGAUGUAGCCGAAGAUUAUCAAUUAGGUACAAACUACAGAGGAAGAUUAGUUCCAGUUCUUUUACCAAACUUAAGGUUCUCUCUCUACCUACAGAAACAUUGAUCUUUGAUUCCAAGGUAAAUUAGAUGAUAAAGCUAAGGUACUUUGAUAUGAUGAAACAAGGAGAUUAGAGAGUAAUAUCAAGGUUUGGACAUGGCACGUUGCGCAGCCCCCCAAGAGUAAAUAUCAGAACCCGAGUUUCCAUUAGUCAGCAGGUUUUGAGGCAGUCCAUGGAUCUCAUCUAUAGGACGGGAUCUUCCAUUCUGGUAGUACUGCUGGUUCUGCAUUGAAGCAGCUUCAUCGUCGUCCAUAGGAAGACGAUCAAAAACAGCAUUCAUGAAAGAUGCAGCCAUGAGAACAACAGGACCAGACGCGAUUAGCCCACCAACCACUCCUCCACCAACAACCUGUCCUUGAGGCCCGGCUAAGUAAAUGGUCAAACCAGUGAUCCCAAGCGGUGCUGGUGGAGGCAAGAUUGAUCCGAGCAAUGAGAGGAUCUCGAAACGUCCGUGUAAUGUCACAAUAGCUCCUGAUGAAGCUGGCUGCCUUAAUGUCACAUUGGUGACACAUCCAUUGGCACUUAGUAUGCAGAGACCUCUCUGUUUCCUUCUUGCGAAAUCUG